AAGAAGAAGAGGGGGUGAGAAGAAUGACGUAGUUUCCUGUUUGGCUGCAGUGGUGGCGGGAGAUUCCAGCAUGGCGGUGCAGCCGAAACAGAACCUGUCCAUGGACAGUGCAGCCGAGCACGGCUUUCUAAACUUCAUCUUCUCCAUGCCGGAGAAGCCGGACACGACUUUCAGGAUAUUCGACCGCAACGACUACUACACGGCUCACGGGAAAGACGCCAUUUUCGCCGCGAAGGAGGUUUUCAAGACUAACGGGGUCAUCAAGUAUUUGGGCUCAGGGAGUCGUAAGCUGGAGAGCGUGGUGCUGAGCAAGCUGAACUUUGAGGCCUUUGUCAAAGACUUGCUGCUGGUGAGGCAGUACAGAGUGGAAGUGUACAAGAACCACAGCAAGAGCAGCAAGGAACACGACUGGAAGGUCGAGUUCAAGGCCUCUCCAGGAAACUUGACUCAGUUUGAGGAGAUCCUGUUCGGUGGUGCAACCGGAGCGGAGGGUUGUGCGGGAGUUGUAGCCGUGCGGCACGCUACAGGAGCCGACGGACAGCGCGUGGUCGGGGUCGGCUAUGUGGACGCAGCGCAAAGAAAGAUGGGAGUGUGCGAGUUCCCAGACAAUGAGAUCUUCUCCAACCUCGAGUCCCUGCUUGUCCAGAUCAGCCCCAAAGAGUGUCUCUUAGCCCAGGGCGAAGGCAACGCAGACGGCAAUAAACUACGGGAGGUGGUGCAGCGUGGCGGCGUGCUGGUCUCUGACAGGAAGAGAGCAGAGUUUAGUAGCAAGGAUGUGGUCCAGGAUCUCAACAGGCUGCUGAGGGCCAAGAAAGGAGAGACUGUGGCCAGCAACACGCUGCCCGAGCUGGACAAACAGGUGGCUAUGUCGUGCUUGGCUGCAGUCGUGCGUUUCCUCGAGUUGCUCUCUGACGAGUCCAACUUUAACUCCUUCAGUCUGACCACACUGGAUCUCGGUCAGUACAUGAGGCUGGACAACGCUGCUGUGCGGGCCCUUAAUCUCUUCCAGGGAUCCCCGGACGACACCACCGGAGCUCAUUCGUUGGCCGGUCUGCUGAACAAGUGCCGUACGCCGCAGGGUCAGCGGCUGGUCAACCAGUGGAUCAAACAACCGCUCAUGGACAAAACGAAAAUAGAAGAGAGGCUGGACCUGGUGGAGAGCUUUGUAUGCGACUCUGAGCUCAGGCAGACCUGUCAGGAGGACUUACUGCGGCGGUUUCCCGAUCUUCACCGCCUGGCCAAGAAGUUCCACCGUCAAUCGGCGACUCUGCAGGACUGCUACCGAGUCUACCAGGCUGUGAGCCACAUCCCCGCCCUCAUCACAGCUUUGGAGAGAUACUCAGGAAGCUACCAGGUUCUGUUGGAGGCGGUGUUCCUCUCUGCUCUCCGAGACCUGCAGACUGACUUCACUAAGUACCAGGAGAUGAUUGAAACCACUCUGGACAUGAACCAGAUCGACCACCACGAGUUCCUGGUGAAGGCGUCGUUUGAUCCAGUGUUGAGCGAGCUGAGAGAAAAGAUGGACGCGCUGGAAAAAAGCAUGCAGGCGGUGCUGAACAGCGCAGCCAGAGAACUAGGUCUGGAUGCCGGUAAGACGGUGAAGCUGGAGUCAAAUUCAAUGCUGGGUUUUUACCUGAGAGUCACCUGCAAAGAGGAGAAGACCCUGAGGAACAACAAGCGCUUCACCACGCUGGACGUUCAGAAGAACGGAGUGCGCUUCACAAACAGCAAGCUGAGCGCUCUAAAUGAGGAUUACACCAAGAACAGGGAGGAGUAUGAGGAGGCCCAGAACGCCAUCGUCAAAGAGAUCAUCAACAUCGCCUCAGGUUACGUGGAUCCCCUCCAGACGCUGAGCGACGUGAUUGCGCAGCUCGACGUGGUGGUGAGUUUCGCCGUGGCGUCCGUCUCCGCUCCCGUGCCGUACGUUCGACCCCAACUGUUGGCGGACGGCUGCCGGCGAAUGGAGCUGCAGCAGGCCAGACACCCCUGCAUGGAGACGGACGCGGACACCGCCUUCAUACCCAACGACAUCACCUUCGUCCAGGGAGAGAAGAGCUUCUACAUUAUCACGGGACCGAAUAUGGGAGGCAAAUCGACGUUUAUCCGGCAGGUCGGCGUCAUCGCUCUGAUGGCUCAGAUCGGAUGCUUUGUGCCAUGUGAGAAGGCGGAGCUCAGCGUGAUCGACAGCAUCCUGGCCAGGGUGGGAGCCGGAGACAGCCAGGUCAAAGGAGUGUCCACCUUUAUGUCCGAGAUGCUGGAGACUGCUGCCAUCCUGCGCUCGGCCACGGAGAACUCGCUCAUCAUAAUCGACGAGCUCGGCAGAGGGACGUCCACGUACGACGGCUUUGGUCUGGCGUGGGCCAUCAGCGAGCACAUCGCCUCCAAAAUCGGCUCCUUCUGUCUGUUUGCCACUCACUUCCACGAGCUGACGGCGCUCGCAGUGCAGCACGCCUCCGUCCGCAACCUGCACGUCACCGCGCUGACUUCCCACAACACCCUCACCAUGCUGUACAGAGUCAAACCAGGUGUGUGCGACCAGAGUUUCGGGAUCCACGUUGCCGAGCUGGCUUGUUUCCCGCCUGCGGUGGUCGCCAUGGCAAAGGAGAAGGCGGAGGAGCUGGAGGAGUUUCAGGAACCUGCGGGGGAGAAGUCUGAGCAGGAGGAAGAGCCCGAGGCCAAAAGACGACGGACAGACAAACAAGUUGGGGAAAACCUGAUCCAGGACUUUCUGGAGAAGGUGAAGUCACUUCCUGCUGCCACCAUGAGCGACGAAGAGGUGAAGUCGGCGCUCCGGAAAAUGAAGCAGGAGCUCGUCGGCAAAAACAACACGUACAUCGCAGAGAUCCUCGCUCGCUGCGCUCCUGCAAAAACAGCCUGACUUUUUUUUUUUAGACUUUACGUUCUCAUCAUGACCAACAAAGGUUCAUAUACUGUAGGCAGUCACACUAAAGCGCUUAUAUUGUACAGUUUUUCAAUAAAGAAUAUUCCUGGA